UUGGAGGAAGGAAGCCUUGGCGGAAGAUAUCAUUUGAAUGGUGAAAGAUUGUAUGUGCUUUUUUCUUCAAAGAAUUUUCCAGAUCUAAAUUCGAAGGCAUACUUGCUGGUAGUAGGCAUUUUGAAUGCAAAUGGUUGGAUAAUUUUCUUGCACGUACGAUCCAGGUGUUGUAAAUUUGUACAAUUUAAAGAUGAGCCGCCAACGGAGUGCAGAUGCAGCCCGGUUCAAGCCAAAAUAUUUUUACCAGUUCAGGAUUAUUUUAAUCGGUGACAGUACUGUUGGAAAGUCGUCGCUUUUGCGUCAGUUCACAGAAGGACAGUUUAUUGAAAAUUCCGAUCCAACAGUUGGUGUGGACUUCCAUGUGCGAGUUGUGAUGCUUUCAUCUGAUGUAAAAAUAAAACUGCAGAUCUGGGACACAGCAGGGCAGGAGAGAUUCCGCUCCAUCACAUACUCUUACUACAGAAACACUGUUGGAUGCCUAAUAGUUUAUGACAUUACUAAUAGGGAGUCAUUCCUUAAUGUCAAAGACUGGUUAUCAGAAGCCAAACAGUGUGUUGAGGAGAGCGAUGUUGUCUUCAUGUUGGUUGGCCACAAAAUUGAUAAAGAAUCCAGGAGAGUUGUUUCCACAGAGGAAGGAGAACGCUUUGCCGAAGCAAAUAAUAUGAUGUUCAUCGAGACAUCAGCUAAGGUUUUAUGUAAUAUUGAAGAAGCUUUUAUCAGAGUGACCGAGGAAGUUUAUAAACGAAUGGAGAGAGGAGACUUAGGACUCAGGGGUGGCUGGGAUGGGAUUAAAGCUCUGCCAAUGCGCCCUACAGAUGUUCUUGGAAUUGGACAUGCAGCUUCUGCUGAAGAUUUACUGGAACAGCAAGAGUCUAGGAGAUGCUGUCCAGGUUGAUGCAAGUACUUGUGUCAGCAAUAUUUUAAGCUACCUUAAUUUACCUUUUAUCCACAGAAAAAUGACAAGAGUUUGACACUCAGUUUAGGAGAAAAGGGGUUAAGUCAAUAAAAAAAAAUAGUCCAUAGUAAUCUAAUACUAAACCAAGCACAAGGGCCGUGCUGGGGAAUAAUGGUAUCAGGCCGAGGUCAGUAUAUGAGCACAGCAAGGUACAAUAAGGUCCAUGGAUGUAAAAUGGCUUAGCUCAAGUAUUCUAGGUUAGUUAAGUAUAUUAAGUUUAUUAUAUGGCACUUGAAAACAAAAAUACAUAGCUUGUGAAACUGACUCAGUCAUAAGUCAUAUGGCAAAGUCCUGACCAAGAACGAACCAAUCAGAAAACUCGAAUUUACCUCAAGACUUGACCUUGCCAUAUAAUAACUAUAAUAAUUAUAUUGAAUGUUUUUGUGUGAGUGGAUUUUUUAGUGUGUACUUAAUUCAGCUAGGGAACAUUAAUGUAAUGGUGAAUCUAGUUAGGUUAAGGUCUUUUUAUUCUGACUUUCUUCUCACCAGGAAGAAGUUCAUUAAAAUAAUAAUGUGCCAUUUCUCAGAGGAGCUUUGUUGGACUACCAGUGGUCAGAAUCUAGUCUUUGAACAAUACCAUGAUUCUCAGCAGUGAUAUUGUUUGUGCUGACUGGCUGAUUUUUGCAAGUUCAGACUGCUAAAUGGUACUUGUAGACUUUAACAUGUUGCGUGACUGUGAGAGGAUUAACCGAACUUGCAUUUGUUCCCUGUUGUUAAAGUUGAUUUAGGAUUAUUGGCUGAAGGAGUAUAUUAAGCAGUCUUCAUUGUAAAGUGUUUUUGACUUAUAUGGCAGGCCCCUUCUCUGCCUUUUGAUAAUAACAUACAAACUCUGCUCAAUCAAUGGUAUUCACUACUGUCAGGUUAUAACCAUUAUUCAUGUGAACAUCACAUUUUUAGCUUCUCACCCUCAAGCCUCACCUUCAAAGUGCAGUAAAUUAUUAAUCUAAAAACUUUAAAAAAAUUUUAAGUUAAAGAGAAACCCAAACCAGCAAGAUGAAUAGAAAAGCCAUGUGAAAACAGCAUGAAAGUACUACUGGUUUUUAAAGAAUGUUUGCAUAAACAAGGCUUGAGGUGAAUUUCAGUAAACAGCAUCUUACAGGUGGUCUGUUAUCUUAGUUGACAUCUCUCUUCUCCAACAGAAGUUCACUUCUGUUGGUUUAAAAGCUGUGUCUGUGGGUUGUCAUUAGUAAAUUCGGGUGCAUUUUUUUUUCAAAGUUUCUUUUUUGUCCUUGCAAUAUUCUGAUUGACAGUAGUAACAAAUUCUACUGUUAUUAAUAUUUAAAUUUAUCAUCAUUUAGACCUUAGAGCAGAACUUACUAGUUAGAUGUUUGUAUGUUAUUGAAAGGUGCAGUGUAAGGUUAAAGCCAUGAACAAAGUAUUUUCUAAAUUCUUAUCCUUCCUAAAUUUCAGCAGAAAAAAAAACUCUACACUGUACCAGAGUUUCCACUAAAAGUGUCACAGUUCACUAUGUUUUUCUCAGUGUGAGGUGGGGGACGGGGGUGGGAAAUGGGUUUAUUAGUCUUGUAGAUGUUUGGUAUCAAAAAUCACUACAGACCGAAAUAUUUUAUUAAUCAUUAGUAUUUUACCUAGAUAAACUGUUUCUAUUGUAUCCUGGCAGUUCUUAAGUUAUUUGCCAUAAAAGUUUUUUUUUUUUUUUUGUAAUUUUAGAAAUAGUUUAGUAAUUUUAGCGUAUGUUUUAAUCUGUUGUAUUAUUUUUGGUGCUUUUUAUUUGUUAUUUUUAAGUGGUUAUCACUUCUGAAUCAUUAUUUUAUUAAAAUGCACAAAGUCAAGAACUUUUAAACUUAAAACAGUUUGGAAUGAUAAAGUUACCUCUAGGUGGAAGUAAUGUGUAAUAGGCAGGUCAGUCAGAGGGCUGUAAAACCCAACCUUUGUUACUAUAGUUUGAGGUGGAAAAAGUGCCUUGCAUUAAGAAGGGCCUCUUUUUAACUGAUAAGAAUCUGAAUGCAGGAAUGUACUCACGAACAGAGCAUAGAGAAAUGCAAAGCACAGCCAUGUCCUUAGUGCAUGUGACACUUCGCAGCUUAUGUAACUUAACAAUCACAGGGAGCAACUACUCUUACUAUUUCAUCCAAGCCACAUGCAAGAUAAACUUGAGAAUGCAUGCGACAUAGAAUUGGAACUGGAAUUAGAAGGUCUUCAAGGAAAGGUCAAGGUGCUUGAAGUAAGAUCUUCCUUAGUUUUCUUGCCCAAGACAUCCUACAUGUAUUUCUGACUAUGACUAUCACGUAAAUCGCUACCAGAAAAUUGUUUGGACACUCCUAAGGUAUCUUUAGAGAUAAAACACUGGCUGACUGAAAGGAGACAAUCAAGUAUAUGUGACAGGACUACAUGCCAUCCAUUAGGAUUGGACAGCCAAAAUUGGAAAGGCUCUAGGCCAAAUCCAAUUAAUUGGCUGUCAGAGGAAUUUUUUGAAUCCAAUUAUUUCCAGACGUUGUCCUCUUAGUUAUCUAUGUUGUGUUAGCUUGUGAAUAGGCUCUCUAGUCAAGGAUGGGGUGAAAAAAAGAAAAAAAAGGGAGGAAAGCCACUGUCCUUCCAGCUGGGGUCAGACCCCUCCAGCCAGAGCCUGGCUAAGGUUGUGUAUGACACUCCAAAUUACUUGUAAAUUGGGACACUAUCCAAAUUAAAAUUUAAUUAAAUUUGGACAACUUGCAGAGUGAACAAAAUCAUAAUAAUAUUGUGCCCAAACUUUUGGGCUGGUAAAUAUAUGAUAAUGAUGGUGAACAAGGACUUUUUCAGAACCCACAAGACCCAGAGUAAAGGUCAUAUGACGGUAAAUUAUAGUGUAAUAUAUACUCGUAAUGAACAGCCACAAACAUUUUUCAUAACAUUUUAAUUUAUAUUGAAAGUAACAUUCACAUACAAACACCACCAUAACCAUGUGCUUAGAAAUAUUAUUUCACAGGGUGUUAACAGUACAAAUUUACUUCAGUCUGUAACUGGGUGAAAAUAUGAGAUUUCUUAAAGGUUUCCUUACUUUUGAUGACUGUUCUUCAAUUUACACAUUACUAUGAGCAGUCCAUACUUUCCCUUGUAGACCAUACAGUGAGCAACAGAAAGUUUAAUAUCUUA